ACACCAUGGCGAAGAAACGGGCGGAGGCCAACCACGGUCAGCCGAAGGCCGGUCGAGCGAAGCGCCAGGCUGCUGCUGGCGACAAUGCCACUGGCCCUCCCAACGAGGCUCCGGCUGCCAAGCGGCCACGCGGUCGACCGCCCAAGGCCGUGUCGGUGGAGCCGCCAGCACCGAAGCCCAGCGCUACCACGGCGGCUCGGACGUUGCGGAAGACGGCCGAUGCAACGCAGUCCGUAAGCGAAAGCCCUUCCACCAGCAAAGCAGCCGCAACUAAAGCCCCGAGAGUGAGCCGUAGGAAGCGCUCCAGAAGCUCCUCCCCGAGCAGCACCAACGCCACGGCUAGCGAGGCUCCAAAGCGUCGCAGUGCCAAGAGGAAGGUGAGCCGCGGCAGGUCGAGGCACUCAUCCCGCAGUCGUCAUGGCGGACGCGCGCGUGGAGCACGAAGGCGUGAAAGCUCGGCCACGCGGUCGGAAAGAAACUGCGCGAAGGAUGAACAGGCGCAGCAAGAGCCGCCGCCAUGCCCAGUCUACAAGCUCUUCCUCGGCCCUGCACGACAAGGAGCGUCGCCACGCCCAUAG